UCUAUUCUAUGCAUAUAAUGCAACACACCUGUUUCCACUACUUCCCUUUUCUCUUCUCUCUUUCAAACUGAAACUUUCCUUUUCUUUUUCCUUCUGAAAGUUAGUGAGAACAACUCAAAAACCCUAAACCCAUCACAGCAUUUCAACAAUGCAGAACAAAAACAUUCUAUUAUUGUUCCUCCUCUUCAAACUCUUAAUAACAACAACCUCAAAAUCAACAAUAGAACCAUGCACAACCUCCGACACAUGCAACUCUCUCCUAGGUUACACUCUCUACACAGACCUCAAAGUCUCCGAACUCUCUUCCCUCUUCCAAAUCGACCCAAUCUCACUCCUCACUGCAAACUCCAUAGACAUUUCUUACCCUGACGUUGAACACCACAUCCUUCCUUCAAAACUCUACCUCAAAAUCCCAAUCCAAUGCUCUUGCAUAGACGGAAUCCGAAAAUCCGUUUCAACCAACUACAAAAUCCGUCCUUCUGACACUCUUUCAUCUAUUGCUGAUUCCAUUUACGGUGGUUUGGUUUCUUCUGAUCAGCUUAGAGAAGCUAACUCUGUUACGGAUCCGAAUGUUCUUGAUGUUGGUCAGAACCUUGUUGUUCCUCUUCCUUGUACUUGUUUUAAUGGUUCUGAUAAUGGGUUGCCCGCGAUUUACAUGUCUUAUGUUGUUCAGCCGUUGGAUAGUUUGAAUAAUAUUGCUGCUAGGUAUUUUACUACUCUUACUGAUUUGAUGAAUGUUAAUGCUAUGGGGACUACUGGGAUCUCUGCUGGUGAUAUUCUUGCUAUUCCUAUUCCUGCCUGUGCAUCAAAGUUUCCGAAAGAUUCUGCUGAUUUUGGAUUGCUUGUCCCUAAUGGAAGUUAUGCUAUUACAGCAGGACACUGUGUGCAGUGUAGCUGUGGACCCCGAAACUUAAAUUUGUACUGUAUGCCAGCUUCACUAGCUGUUUCUUGCUCGAGCAUGCAAUGUAAGAGCAGCAAUCUUAUGCUUGGUAAUGUUACCGUGCAACAGACUAGUGGUGGUUGCAAUGUGACUUCUUGCACUUACGAUGGUAUUGUUAAUGGUACCAUAGCAACAACGUUGACCCCAUCCCUUCAGCCUCGAUGUCCAGGGUCGCAGGAAUUCCCUCCUCUUAUCGCCCCACCUACGGUUGUUCCGAGAGAAUCAUUAUUUGCACCGGCCCCGUCACCAUCAUCACUGUUCGACGGAACUGAUGGGAGAUCGCCCAAAUCCUCAGUGGUGCCUUCAACAGGAUUUACUCCUGCAUUAGGCCCUAGUGGAAUUUCUUCUGGUGCUUCUGCCGCAUGCUCCUUGGUGAAACCAUUACCCACUUUGACACUCACCCUUGUGUUAUUAUUUGUCAAGUUGAUGAUCCCUGUAGCAUUGUAAUCUUCCAAUUUUGUGGUGGGUUUAAUUAUGUCUUUGCCACAGGUGCUCCUAUCUAUUGUAGUUGCUAGUAUUCGUUUGUACUUUUUAACUGAUUGUGAAUCUGGAAAACUAUGGGAUUUCGGGUUUAAACUUACGCUUAGCCUUUUAUUACUUUGUGUCUUGCUGAACUAUUUUGUUCAUCUAGGGUCAGUAAUUCUAGGUGUAAUCUGUUAUCAUUCAUUCAUAGAAGUUCCAAGAAAUUGAUGGUGGCGCCAUUGUGCACACUUUGUAAUCAUUUAUGUCUUUUGUGUCAACCCUCUGAUUCCCUUGGUAAUCCAGAGUUCAGCCGAGAGGUAAGCGAAGCCUGGUGGUGGAGGUAAUCAUGUUAAUA